AUGUGUCACGGACAUCCUCGACACCAUCCCUGCGCCCACACAUCCAUCAACUGGCACUACUGCCCGUCGGCGCUCAUCGAUCUCGAGACGGGUUAUGAGACGCCGUGCAGCAACACAUCGUUCGCGGCGGCCCAGCCCACGACGUCCGACUGCCCGCUUCAGAACUGCCAGUUCAAGAGCAAAGGCGGAAGCUGGACGUGCUGUUCGUGCCAGCAAGGUCCAAACACUCAAGGAUGGUGCACCAUGCCCAUGAGCAGAAUGACCAUGAACCCCGAGUCCUUCUCGGUCGAGUCAGUUGAGACAACUUGUGAUCAUGGCUGUUGCAGCAAGUGUGUUCAAUACGGCUCGGGCCGUGAUGCUUCGUCUGAGAUGACCUUUUCUGAGAUCCGCAAGGGGUCAGCGUCGCGCAAGUUCGGGUACAGCAGCGCCACCAAAUCUCAUCGUCGCGGGUCAGCCUUUUCGCUUCCUGCGUCCGGGGAAGAGUCUACGCCGUCGCCAUCGACGUCAAAGUCGAGUUCCGCAAGCUCGGGAUAUAAGGUUGGGAUGGAGUACACGUCGAGCAAGACCAAGUCGAGCAAGAAAAGCCACAAGAGCCGAAUAGACUUUCAGGCCAAGCCACAGCCAGGCCCAAAUCAGUCCACCCUGCGGCCCGAGAUGCGUCCAAGCGAGGGGAAGCUAUCGGCUCUUUUUGUCCAAAAGGCCCCCUCGGAAGAGCCAAAGGCCACGUGCGAAAGAAGCAUCUGGUUCCCGUCAUGCACCGUUUAUCGUUCGGGCCCUGAUAAAGAACUGAGACGAGACGAGACAAGGGUUGAUGAUGAUCUGCAAAUGUGUUUUUGGGUUUUGGGCUGA